AUGCCGCACUUCCUGGACUGGUUCGUACCUGUCUACCUGGUCAUCUCAGUCCUCAUCCUCGUGGGCUUCGGCGCCUGCAUCUACUACUUCGAGCCGGGCCUGCAGGAGGCGCACAAGUGGCGCAUGCAGCGCCCCCUGGUGGACCGCGACUUCCGCAAGACUCUGAUGGUGCGCGACAACUUGGCCUUCGGUGGCCCCGAGGUCUGAGCGGGCCUGUGGCGCCCUCCCCGUUCCUGCCCAGCCUGGAGACCCUCCGA